AUGCGCUUCGAGUGGGCCUGCACCGCGCUCGUCGCCGCCGUCGCCUGGCCCUACGGCGGCCUGCGCGUCGUCCGCGCCUGGCGGCGCGUCAAGGGCUGGGACGACGACGACGCGCUCCUCGACGCCGCGCUGCUGACCGUGACCGCGUGCCUCCUCGCGUUCCUGUCGCCGCUGCCCAUCAUGGUCGCGUCGCCGGACAACUACUACGUCGACGUGCACCGCGUCGCCGCGCUAGUGCCCGCGGCCGACGCCGCCUGGGCCGUCGCGCGGAGCGAGGACCACGCGGCGCGCCGCGGCGGCUGGCUCACGGACCGGCACGCGAACUACCCGACGACGGACAUCGCCGUGUCGUCCAUGGACAACGCCACGCGGCGCGCGCUCGAGGCCGUCGCGGCCGGCGCGCUGCCCUACCUCCGCGACUUUUACCUCGGCGGCGACGGCGGCGCGACGCUCGAGCUCCGCGACCUCUUCGUGGUCAAGUACGACGGCGACGCGCAGCGGCGGCUCCGGCGGCACCGCGACGGCUGCGAGCUCUCCUUCGGCGUCGCGCUCGCGAGCAGCGAGGCCAAGCCGCUCCUUUCUCGGCCGUUUUCCACUCGUUUCGGCUGA